AUGCUAACGGCUUUACAGAACAAAUUGGCCAAAUAUUCCAUCGUUUUGGCCAGCACAUCUCCUCGUCGAAAAGAAAUUCUGUCUACAUGUGGAUUGAAAUUUACCACGUUAGAUUCCAAUGCACCUGAAGAUCUGAAUCCUGUGGAAUUCCCUUCGAUUAGCCUCUUUGUUGAAGCGCUAGCGAAAUUAAAAGCGGAAUAUGCGAUUAGAAGACUUACACAGUCGGCUGAUAUCAUCAUUGCGGCUGAUACAGUAGUUGCUUUCGAAGACCAGAUAUUGGGCAAGCCUGCUGACGCUGAAGAUGCUAUCAGGACUCUCACUGCGUUGUCGGGCAAAUUUCACUCCGUUUACACUGGAGUCUGUGUUGUGUGGAUGGGGAAUGAGCCUGAAUUCUGUUGUUUCAGUGAGUGCACCGAGGUCAAAAUGGCGAAGAUGAAUAAAGAAGUUGUGGAAGGAUAUGUGAAAACUGGCGAACCUCUUGACAAGGCAGGUAGCUACGGGAUCCAAGGCAUCGGUUGUAGUCUAGUCAGUGGAAUCAAAGGUGACUACUUCAACAUUGUCGGUCUACCGAUCCACAAACUCUGUGAACACAUCCACAAUAGACUCGCCAGGGAGCCAUAG